AUGGCGGCGGCUAGUUCACCUGAGUGCAUCCGUGGUCAAACCCCUGUCCCAGAGAAAGCUACAACUGAAGGAUUUGAGAAGCCAGGCCAGUUGAGCCCUAAACUAGUAGAAGAAUCAAAUGAGAUGGAGAAAACCGAUGUUCAACAAAGUUCUCCUGAUAUCUUUGGUGAUAAAAAACUUUCUGGCAAUAGUGAAGGGCAGGCAGGUAGCUCUAGUGACAGUGGAAGCGACAGUAACAGUGGAAGUGACAGCGGAAGCCAGAGUAGAAGUGUAGGAAAAAGCAGCAGCCCCGCUGGAAGUGGAAGUGAGAGCAGCAGUACUGAUAGUGAAAGUAAUGGUUCUUCUAGCAGCAAGGAGGGAAUGCCAUCUCAACCAUCAGCUGGGAGGAGAAGGGAUGCUCUGUUCUCCGACACUCCCCAUCAUUUAUCUCCUCAUAGGUUGAACCAGGAUUCCCACGAGGACCAUGCCAUACAGCCAGGUCAAAGAUCUCUCGAAAUCAGUGCUCGAGGAAAGGCUCCAGACAGGACGGAUAGAUCCAACAAAUAUGUAGAGAACUUGGGGCGUGGUCUUAAACUAUCUGAAAAGAAUUCUGUUGUCCCCGAUGAAUCGAAUGGGUCGGCUUUCAGGAGUAUGCAUGCACAUGAAAAGGGUUCCAUGCCUAGAGAAAAACAUGAUGAAGAUAGUUGUGCUUAUGAGAAAUUAAUGAACAAAAAUGUCCGGAAAAGUGUUAAUGGUGACAGAUCUUCAUUGCUGUCCAACAUGCAGUACAGGAACCAUGUUGAACAAGUGGGGAAGUCCAAGGAUGCAGGCCAUAUGUUGCACCCAGACAUGGGGCCUCUCCCUAUGCAUAACAAUAGGAGUGAUGAAGAAAAAUCCCCAGUUGUCAAUGGAAGAGGGGCUUUACUGGGAAGGGAGCUUUCAGAUUUGGAGUUGGGUGAACUUCGUGAACCCAUGCCUGGGGAGGAGACACAGGUGGUAAAGAAGCAGUUUGAAAGAAAAACUUCUUUCAAACUGUCCAAGAAUAAACAUAAGUGCUUCAAAUAG